AUGGAUCUGCUAGAACCACCGACUGAAGGUGACCAUAAAUUAUCAAUUGAUUUGAAUGAUGAUUUGAAUGAUGAUUUGGCUGGUUCAGAUUAUUCGGGAUCAAUUAUCUCACACCCUUCAACUCAAAGAGCGAAUCAAAAAGUCAGGAAAAAGAACGGUACAAACUCCAUAAGAACCUCAAUAGAUGAUUCGUUUCUGUCUUCGAUGUUCUUUCAGAACAUUCAUGAUGAAAACUUUCAAGACAAUGAGUUCAGUCCUUUGGGAGCCAACUCAAUCUAUGAAUUGACUAUUGCAAGUGAUUUGAGCAGAGAAAGAAAACGUACAACUAAAUAUCAAGUAACUUUGAAUGGUGGAAAUAAUGUCAUUUAUAACGUGAAAACUCCCACUACGAAAGAAAUUCCUCCCAUAAUACUAGAGAAAAUCGAAAAACCUGAUAAAGAGGGUUUACAGAAGAUUUUGAAUGUCAGUGAUGAAUAUAAAAAAUUCGAUAAUACCAACAAAUUGACCAUUGAUACUUUACAACAAUUCAACCGAGAUUUUAAUGAGUCUCCCAGAAGUGACACCUCAAUCAAUGAACUAGAUUUGAUUGUGAAAGACACAAACGAAGCCAUCCCUGAAGUGUUCUCCCAAACAGAUUUCAGAUUAGAUGAUCCAAGAAUUUUCAAUAAAGUGAUUGGGAACUUUGAAGUUGAUAAUGAAGUCAGUAACUUUAACAACAAUCUUCAAGAUGAUUUGUCUCAUUAUCUAGAUUUAGUUGAGAUUUCCUUGAUCAAUGAGAUAUCCAAGUCUUCCGAUUCAUUCUUCAAUACAAUCGAUGAUAUCAAAUUAAUUCAAUUACUGAGCAAUGACAAUGUCACUCAAUUCGAGAAAGUGAAGAACCAGAUGGAAUCAUUGAAAUCAACCAACAGCCAAGGGUUGAAAAUUUUGCAUCUUUUAGAAAAGCGUAAUGAAGUAGACGGUUUGGAGAAUGACAUCGUUAAUUUAUCGUUUGUUAUGAAAAAAUACGAUAAAGCAAAAUCUCUUUAUGGAGAAGAUUCCAACAAGUGUUUACAAGAGCUUUUGAAUGUGGAAAAGAUGAUCUUUGACUAUAAUUUCAAUUCUCUUCCAGGUUUGUUCAAUUUGCAAAACGAUCUCCAAGUGUUGAAGAAUCAAUGUUCUAAGAACUACAUGAAUGAUUUCGUAGACUUACUUUUGAAAGAUUUGAAGAACCAUUACCAAAGUGCUCCCCCGAAUGACUGCCUUGAACGUCUUUACAGCAAGAAGAAACAGCCAUCUUACCCAUAUCAAGUAAUGGACCAAACACUCAAGGAUGAGUUAUCUGGUUAUAUUGAGAUGUUGAUCAAAUCGAAACAUUUGAUUGAUGCUUUCCUGGUUUAUCAAGACAAAAUAAUAGCAGAGGUUAAAGAUAUCAUUAAGAUCAAUUUACCAAAAUCUGAAGUCCCGUCAAGAUCUUCUCUGGUCCCUUUGGAAACUACAAAUUCAGUCUCCGGUAAUAAUGCAAACGAACCAUCUUUGACCAAUAGUUUGAAGGGUUUAACACCACUGGAAUUUGAAGAAAUGUUAAUCAAAAUCUUCACUCAAUUAUCUGAGUGUUUAAGGAGACUCACCGUUCAUGCUAAAGUUUUGUUGGAUUUGUCAUUGAGUAAUUUAACUGAAGAUUUGGAUGUCAUGUCUUUGGAUCUAACAGUGACAAUAAAUAAGGCCAUCGAAUUGACCCAAUUAAGAUUGUCCAAAAUCAUCAAUGUAAGAUCAGAACAAAUUGCAGAUUUGGCUCUUCCAUUUUACUUAUCAUUUUAUUCCAUUGUAUCUGUUUAUUUACAAGAAUGUGAAUUGAUCAAUCCCGGAUAUCUUUUGAGUGGUGCUGGUAGUUCUUUGAAUGACUGGGUGAAAAAUCAUAGUAAUUACUUUGUACAUAGAUUUCAUCUGAAUCAUUUGAAAGCAAUCAGUUCUGAUAUUGAUAAGGAAAUAUGGAAAGAAGUGGGUAAUCUCAGACACUCACAAACCCUCAUUCAAAGAAUUGUUGAUGGGGAAGAUAAUUCCAAUUACUUAGAAUAUCCUUUCAAGUAUCAUGACGAGAGUCAAAGGGAUGCAGAUCCACUCGAAAGAUUGACUAUCCUUGAAGAAUCAUUCAUGGUGCCAAAUUCCAUCAAGUUAGUGGUUGAAUCGGUUCAUGAUUAUAUUGUCAUUGGUUCUAUUUUCACUCAUCAUAAUAAGACUAUUGAAAAUAAUAUACUUAAUUUCUUCAAACUAGUCAAUUCAAAAAUUUUACAGUCAGUUUUGAAUGCGGGUGCCACUCGUACUGCUGGUUUGAAACACAUCACCACCAAGCAUUUAGCUUUGACAAUUCAAACAAUAGAGUGUCUAUUGAAAUUCAUCGAAUUAGUAAUGAACAAAUUCGAAAGAAAUAAUGAAGGGGAUAUAACAUUCAGUAAGAUAUUCGACCUUUACAAGGACCAUGAAUCACAAUUGAGCACCAAAUUGGUGUCUAUAAUGUAUGAUAGAACAAUCAAUCACUGUCAGAGCAUCUCCACUAUUGACUGGUCCCAACCUUUACCUGAUCCUCAACUGCAAUGUCAUAAAUAUAUGGAAGUUUUGGUUAAAGAAACAUUAACUGUUUCAAAAGUUUUGGUAAAGUACUUGUCAUCUGUAAAAUACUCCAUCAUUUUGAGUGAAAUAUUCAAUAAUUACAAAGUUUUGUUAACUGAUGCUUACAAGAACUUGCCACAAUUUAAUGAUUUCAACGAAAAGUACUCCGUAUUGAAGGAUAUUGAUUAUUUAAGAGUCAAAUUGUUGGAAGUCCCUGGCUAUAAUGAAGUGGGUUCGGUAAUUUGGGAGAAUGUCAACAACCUCCCAACCAUUGAGGACACUAAAAUGGACAAGAUUAUGAGGAAUAAUAUCGAACAGUCAAGAAACACUGAGGUCUUGUUCGAGACACCCAAGGAAGAGGAGCCACACAAGGAGGCUGCAAACCCAGAACCCACGAAACAAAUCAACGAAGAAAAGUUGGCCAUCGAUGAUAGUAAAGAGAAAUUUGAGACUACUAAGCCUGAAGAACUUGAGAACAUUAUUGAGCAGGAGAUACUACAAGCCGAAUUACAGGAAAAACAAUCAGCAGCUGAAGAUCUUGGUAAUGUCACUAUAAGUUCUAUCAACAUGAAAUCUGAAAGCCCCGGAUUGGAUGAAACUAUUGGGGAAUCAAUCGAAAAAGUAGACUCCCAAAAUGUUGGUGAAGAUAAUGCAAGGAAAAUGCUUCCUGCGUCGGGUGAGGAAGAGAAUAGAAAAUUUGGGCCAGACGAAGGUAUCAGUAAACUUCCGGAGCCGGAGUCCAAGUCUGAGUCUGAGUCUAAGCCAGAACCCGAGUCUAAACCAGAACCCGAGUCUAAACCAGAACCAAAGGCUGAAGUGGAAGAACCAAAGGCUGCCAAUGCACAGACGAUCGAAGCUGAAGAUACUGUAGAAGAAGGAAAAUUUUCAAUUGAGAAAACUUCCAGUGUGGUUCUGGGUGCUCAAGGAUCUCCUUCUGCUACGUCAGAAAAUGACACAAAACAAGAAGCAGGUGUGGAACAUGAAAAUAAUACCGUUGAGAAAUCCGCUCCAGGAACUGACACAGUUGACGUGCCCGAAUCUUCUAAGGGAUCUGAAACUCACACGAAAACUAAAAAUGACACAUCUACGCCAAUUGAAAAGGAGGCCAAUAAUUUGAAACCCGAAGUCAAACCCAAGAACAAGAAGUCUCCAAAGAAGAGGAAAAAGAAAAAUAAAUAG